CAUUUGUGUUUGGUUCCAAAAUAGUAGAGUUUGUUCAUAUUGCAGAAUAUGUCGAUAAAAGAAGUUCCAGUGAUAGACCUUGGUUGUCAGAGCUUGACUGAAUCGACUUCAUCUUCUCUACUUAGAGCAUGCAACAAAUUGGGGUUCUUCUUCAUCAGAAACCAUGGCGUUUCAAAGGAGUUUUACGAGAAACUCAUCUCUGGCGCUGAUGAGCUUUUUUCUUCUCCCGAGGAGACCAAGCAACAACUGAAAAUGGGAGUUUCCUCGUACACCCCGAGAUUUUUGGUGUCGCCUUUCUUUGAGAGCUUCAGGGUUUCGGGACCUAACUUCUCAGCCUCUGCUGCUGCGCAAGGUUUCACUCAAUCCCUAUUCGGCCACCAUGCUACUGAAUUCAGCAAUCUUCUAGACGAAUAUGGAAGAAAAAUGAAAGAAGUAUCAAAAAGAGUAGUGAAGCUAUUACUAAACGUCUUGGGAGAUAAUAUUGAAAAUAAAUUCUAUGAUCCCGAGUUUAGCAACUGCAAUGGCUACCUAAGAAUAAACGGCUUCACUCCUCUAGACAUGAAUGCCGAAGAAGAAAUUGAAGUGUUCAAGAAACACACCGACCUCAGCUACGUAACGAUAGUGUUCCAAAAUGACAUCAGGGGGCUACAAAUGAGAUCGAAAGGAGGCGACUGGAUCGACGUAAGGCUGAGCGAGGAUGGUAUUCUUGUGGUGAACAUUGGAGAUUAUAUGGAGGCUUGGAGCAACGGGAGGCUGAGAUCUGCCGUACAUAGAGUUGUUUUAAGGAAAAAUAUUAUGAAGAGAUUCUCUAUCGCUUUCUUAUCAACACCGGAAGAUGAAUCUAGAGAAAUAUAUGCACCGAGUGAAGUCGUUGGAGAAGGGAAAUCAAGACUUUACCGCUCGUUUUCAGUCCAACAAUAUAAGCAUUUUAGGGAAAACAAUUACGAGAAAGUUGGAGCCACGAUUAAGGAUUUUGUUGGAAUAUGAUGUCGUUGGAUUAUUUCUUCCGAUUCGACUACAACAAAAAAAUAUUAAAAAUAUUAAAUUAUCGAUAUUUGG